AUGGCUGAUCCCGGCCUGCCGCGUCGCAGCAGCCGCUCUUCGAAAACAUUCAAACCAAAGAAGAAUAUUCCUGAAGGCUCCCAUCAGUACGAACUCUUAAAACAUGCAGAAGCCACUCUGGGAAGUGGCAAUCUGAGGCAAGCUGUCAUGUUGCCAGAGGGAGAGGACCUCAAUGAAUGGAUUGCUGUUAACACUGUGGAUUUCUUCAAUCAGAUCAACAUGUUGUAUGGAACCAUUACAGAAUUCUGCACUGAGGCAAGCUGCCCAGUCAUGUCUGCAGGUCCCAGGUAUGCAUCUAGCCUGGCAGUCAGUGUGGAGCGGGAAGAAUACUCAGUGAUAGGUGUGCAUUCAAUUACAGGUGUCCCGUUUCCCAAAAACUUCAUGUCUGUGGCAAAGACUAUCCCGAAGCGUCUCUUCAGGGUUUACGCCCAUAUUUACCACCAGCACUUUGACUCCGUGAUGCAGCUGCAGGAGGCCCGCCUCAACACCUCCUUUAAGCACUUUAUUUUCUUUGUUCAGGAGUUUAAUCUGAUUGAUAGGCGUGAGUUGGCACCACUUCAGGAAUUAAUUGAGAAGCUUGGAUCUAAAGACAGAUAAAUGUUUCUUCUAGAACACAGUUGCCCUCUCGCUCUAUCUACCGCUAGCACUCUCUCAUUGCUGUCUGGUGUGGACUAGUGAUACUGACUAUAAGAACGCAGGAUCAAAAGACCCCUUGUUGUCUGCAGAGAAAAUUGUCCCAGAGGUAGGUUGGCCAGAUAGCUUCAGAACAAGACCUGUAUGGCACAGCCAGAUUGGAGGUGCUGUGUGGCCACCCGUCCUUUAGUGUCCUCUGUUGUAACCUUAGGUUAGCCUGUAGUUUGUUGCUGAUCUUUUGUUCAAGAAAGUGAUUGAAGCUGCGCAGUGGUGGAGCAUGCCUUUAAUCCCAGCACUUGGGAGGCAGAGGCAGGUAGAUCUCUGUGAGUUUGAGGCCAACCUGGGCUACAGAGUGAGUUCCAGGACAGGCACUAAAACUACACAGAGAAACCCUGUCUUGAAAAAAAAAAAAAAGAAAGAAAGAAAUUGAGUUUUUCCAUGUGACAACAUAAUGGACAUUAAGGAUUUUCAGCAGUAACUUAUUAGUUUCUAGAACAAAUUUCUUAACACAGAUCAGUUUUGCUUCACUUUACAAAUUGAAAUGGUGUUCCAUUUCUAAAUCUCAGCCAUUUAGAGCUUAUGUUUUACCUUAGAUAGCCUAUUAGGUUCGUGUCUGUGUGCUGGUGUUUAUAGAUAAGAGUAUAUAUAUAUAUUUUUAGCCAGGCAUGAUGGUGCAUGUCUGUUACCUGAUACUGUGGAGGAAGAGGCAGGAGGAUAGCACAUUGGAGGCUAGCCUGGGCUACAUGGUAAACUUGCUGAAAAAAGUUUGUUUUGCAAAACCCACAAGGCUUAAAUCACAGGCAUAUGUGGCAUGAGAUUAACCAAAGUUAUUUUUAAGUGACUUUUUAAUUUUGGGGGUUGUGUCGUUGUCUGUCUAGAUGGGGGUGUAUGAUGGAUGUAGUCUGUGUCCUCUGAUGGCAGCAUGCAGGUUCUCCUCUUGAAACUCUUCACUUAGAUUUUGGCAGAGAUCAAGAAACUUCCAAAAAACUGUGACAGACUUGGGCCUCAAAGCCACUAUUUUCAUUGAUAAUUCGUGAGGCCUUGCAGUUCUGGAGAGGACAGUUAAAAAAAAAGUAUUUAGAAUACUUAUUUCCUAAACGAUUCCAUGUUUUUAUUGCAACUUGAAACUUACAUUUAUGUGUAGAAAUGCAGACGUUAUGGCAAUAAGGGAAAAAGUAGCUUGAGGGUGUGUGACUGCAGGUCUCCCUGCUGCCUGUUGGAGGGAGAGCUGGAGAUCAGCCGGGAAGUGAGUUGACAGCAGCCUUGCUUCAUUCUGUUACUUUACAAAGGCUGCAUUGAGCUCUAGAGGGUCUCUCCUUUGUCUUUGUAUCAAAACUUGAAAAUUUCCUCAUCCUAUCAGGAUAAAAGGCUCCUUUAUUGAGGAAGGUGCCUGCUUUUCAUUAGGUCCUCAGAUCUAGUCAGUUCUGGUUGCCUCCUCAGGUGUACAUGGCAUCCUAAGUAUCCUGGACACUUGUCUGAAGGGCAGUGCUGUAGUGUAUCAGCAUUCUGUGUGUCAGGGCUGGGACUAAGUGCUCACUGCCCUCCUGCAUGGCUUUAUAAAGGUUAGAGGUGAUGAGGGUUUUGUUAUUUUUGACUCCACUAAACUAUACAAGAAAGAAUUCCUUAGAAACUCCAGUUUUAAUGACUCAUUUUAGUAUGUUCUUAAGUAUGCUUAGAAUUUUAAAGAAGUUUUGUCUUAUUUUCGCUGAAACCACACAUCACCAUUAGAGGAAUUCAAGGUGGGAUAACGGUUUAGAGACAAGGACAGCUUGGAAACACCUCCUAACCCAGGUGUAUGCAAAGGUCCAUGUCAGCUGCUGCAAGUGUCAGUCAGCUGCAGACAGGAUGCAGGCUUCUAGAUGCCCCCCAAAAAGCAUCACCCCUCAACCACAGACUCCAUUUACUUUGAUUUGCUGAAGUGAAAUUCUCUAUCAACCAAGGCUCAAUCAUUUUUAGGAUAUCUGGCACCCUCAAAUCAAAGGUUUUUCUUUCCUCUGCACACAUUUCAGAGACAGAUGCCCUCUCCGGGAUUGCGCUCCAGAUGGGUAAAUGCUAAGACACGGAGGCAGCUCCAGUGGGACAAAACAGAAAACCCCCUUGGUAGUAGAGACUGGGGUGUCUCCUUGUGUGUCCCCACCCACUCCAUUUUUCCUUCUGUCUUUUAAACGGAAGCAGUGCCAGACUCCCAGACCAACCUGCCUUAACCAGCAGUACGUACACAUUGUGUUGUUAGCUCACCUCUGAGGCAGAGCAUGGGAGCAGGAGGGUGGCGUCUUUCUGCCGUGACUGGAGACGCUUUCAUAACAUCUGAAGAAAUCGGUCUGUCCUGGGUUUAUCUGCCUACUCCCUGCCCCCACCCCAGGAGGAGUCAGUUGUGCUGACUGCUCCCUAGACUCAGUUGCAGUGGCUUCCAGUUGCCUGCUGAAUUCCGCCUUAGCCCUUUGGUGCUUUAAUUUCCAGGACUUUAAAAAACUUGGACAAUGAUACACAGAUGUAAAAAGGAAAUCACACUUUAUUGUAGUAGUUUUGUGUUGACAGCCACUCUACCGUUGUUCUGCUGACUGACUCGUGACUUACCAGCAGCCAGUUAGCUAAGGGUUCUUCUACCCUGGCCUGCAGAACUCUAGUUCACACGACUGCGCACUGGAGAACUGCAGGUCUGUGUUCACGACUUGCAGCAAAGGCCCAGGCACAGUCCUGGCGCUGAGGUUUCCUGUUCUCUUGGCUUCUCUCUAAGCCCUAAGAUCAUACAGUAGUAGAGCUUCUCAGACAUGACGUCAUUACCUCAGAAGCAUAAACAAAUCAGGCCCGAAGAGUGUGGGCCUUACAGGUGUGUUUCCAGUCUGGUGCCAGGGCUCCUGUGCUGUCUGUGGGAGCCGCCCGUCAGUAUGGAGCCCUGGCCUGAACAGUGCCAGCCUGGACAUGGGCUGCUGAGUACCUCCCGCAGUCAUGUUCUCUCCUCCUGAGGUCUUGAGUUCGGCAGACAAGGAAAGGGUCUUUUGGUCUUCCUGUUUUUAUAUUCAGUUUGAUGCUGGGCUCUGAGGGGGUUUGGAGCACACGGGGCAGCUGCAUUGAAAUUCACAAUUCUCUCAUCAGAGUAUAUCAAACAAGUAGAGCCAAAUGGAUGACCAGUGUGCUACAGGCUGCUUAUAGAACAGCGUUCUGUGUUGGUCUGCAGCAAAAAUCAUUUGCAUAAGGUAGUCUUGGUUACCAUCUAAAAUAACUUAAAAUAUUCCUCAUGGGAAAAAAAUUUGUUGUAUUUUUAAACCUUUAGGGCUUUAUUCUAUUUUUCUAAGUCGUUAACUGUACUUUUUAAAAAAGUAUUUUGUAUCUACUUUUGUAACUUCAUCAGAAUAAACUAUAUUGAAAGUAAAAAUGGC